UUUUAUCAAAACACAACAAUAUAUAUAAUUGAAAUCAUAGUAAAAACUACUCCCCAAAAAACAUAGAUUUAAAUGGUGAUUUCCUACUUCUUACGAGUAGUAUUUCCACCACCACCCUCCUUGUUAGUCAAUGCAGUUUCCAUUGUAACCUUGUUGUGUCUUAUUGCCGGUGGAUACAUGGAAAUUGGGGGGAAAAGCAAGCAGUAUGCCAAGUUUUUCGAUCCAAAUACUAAUAAAAUUUCCAAGGUAGAAGAAAAUCGUAAGCUGUUGCGUAGUAGACAUGGAAUGCUCAUAUUCUAUACACCUUCGUUCAUCGUAGGUCUUGUUGCUUUUGCCAUUUUUCCAUAUCAAAAUCUUCGAUUCUUGAUACUUUUAUAUGUCCUUAACAUUCAUUUCUUUAAAAGGAUCCUUGAGGUUGUAUUUAUUCACAAAUUUAGUGGUUUCAUGAUGCGCAAUGUUGCAAUAACAAUUGGUUUAAGCUACACUGUGUCCACCGCCACAAUGAUCUACGCCCAAUAUCUAUCUCGGGAAUCUCCUGAGCCUUGUGUUGAUCUCAAAUAUGUUGGUGAGGGUAUGUUCUUAAUUGGAAUAAUUGGGAACUUUUACCAUCAUUAUAUUCUUUCUAAACUAAGAAAGAAUGGAAACAAAGAGUAUAAAAUCCCGACAGGAGCAUUAUUUGAUUUGGUAAUCUGUCCACACUAUUUCUUUGAGAUUGUGGAGUUCAUAGGAGUUUCUUGCAUUUCCCAGACCAUGUUUUCGUUUUGUUUUACUCUCGGCACAAUAUUUCUCUUGAUCGGGCGAAGCCAUGCUACACGAAAAUGGUACAUUUUAAAGUUUGGAGAAACGUUUCGCAAGGACAUCAAGGCAAUAGUUCCGUACUUCUUCUAGAUGCGUGCAUAACAUGUAGGGCUGUCAAUGGGUUCGAGUUCGGGUUGACAUGUUGAUGGGUUGAAAAACUUUGACCCUAACCCAACCCACUAAAAGUUUUAGGUCAGAAAUUUCAACCCUGGCCUACAACCCGCCAACCCAUGACCCAACCCAUAUGACCUGAUAAGCAAAUAUAUAUAUAUAUAUAUAUAUAAUGGAAUAAAUCAAUCAAUAUAAAGCUCUCUAUCAUUGAUGUGUACUUACCGU